CAGGUCUACCUCCCAAUGACCCCACAUCGCGAGAGGGAAGAUGUCCCGCCUAAGGUGAUGUUGGCGACCUAGUUGUGGGCAUGAGAUGAGGUUCCGGCAACGCCAUGGAGCCCUUGAAGAACAUGUUCCGGAAGGCGACGCCGGCCACCUGGGGCUCCAGCCUCCGUAGCGGCAGUCCCGUGGCCUACGCCAACCCGGUCUGGACGGCGCUCUUUGACUACGAAGCGGCCAGCAGUGACGAGCUGACCCUGCGGAAAGGCGACCUGGUGGAGGUGCUGUCGUGGGAUGCGGCCAUCUCUGGAGACGAGGGCUGGUGGGCCGGCAAGGUCAACGACAAAGUGGGCAUCUUCCCUUCCAACUACGUCUCGCCCAAGACGGGGGGCUACGUGGGGCCCGAGGGGCCGCCCGAGGCCGACUUCCGCGACCUGAGGCUGGAGGAGGUCAUCGGGGUCGGGGGCUUCGGCAAGGUCUAUCGGGGCACAUGGUGCGGGGAGCUGGUGGCGGUCAAGGCGGCCCGCCAGGACCCGGACGAGGACAUCGGCACCACGGCCGAGCGGGUGCAGCAAGAGGCGAGGCUCUUCGCCAUGCUGCAGCACCGCAACAUCAUCGCCCUCAAAGCCGUCUGCCUCCAGGAGCCGAAUCUGUGCCUCGUGAUGGAGUACGCGGCCGGGGGUCCGCUGAACCGGAUGCUGGCCGGCCGCAGGAUCCCCCCACACAUCCUCAUCAACUGGGCCGUCCAGGUUGCCCAGGGGAUGCAGUACCUCCAUUGCGGGGCCAUCGUGCCCGUCAUCCACCGCGACCUCAAGUCCAACAACGUCUUGCUGGCGGAAUAUGUAGAAGAUGGGGACGUCAGUGGGAAGACUCUGAAGAUCACGGACUUCGGCCUGGCCCGAGAGUGGCACAAGACCACCAAAAUGAGCACGGCCGGCACCUACGCCUGGAUGGCUCCCGAAGUCAUCAAAAGUUCCACUUUUUCGCGGGGCAGCGACGUCUGGAGUUACGGGGUCCUCCUUUGGGAACUCCUGACCGGCGAAGUCCCGUAUCGGGGCAUCGAUGGCCUUGCGGUCGCCUACGGUGUUGCCGUCAACAAGCUGACGCUCCCUAUUCCGUCCACCUGCCCAGAGCCUUUCGCGCGCCUCAUGGCAGAGUGCUGGGAGCAAGAUCCCCACCGGCGCCCCAGUUUCGCCACCAUCCUUUCCCAGCUGACGGUGCUGGAGGCCCAAGUCCUCCACGACCUGCCCCAGGAAUCCUUCCACUCCAUGCAGGACGACUGGAAGGUGGAGAUCCAGGACAUGUUCGAUGAGCUGCGGGCCAAAGAGAAGGAGCUGCUGAGCCGCGAGGAGGAGCUGAAGCAGGCGGCGCUGAAGCAGAAGUCCCAGGAGGAGUUCCUGCGCCAACGGGAGCACGAGCUGGCCCAAUGGGAGCUGGAGGUCUUCGAGCGGGAGCUGAGCCUCCUCAUCCAGCAGAUGAACCGGGACCGGCCCCACGUCAAGAAGCGCAAGGGGACCUUCAAGAGGAACAAGCUCAAGGGGCGCGACUCCGAGCGCAUCAGCAUGCCUUUGGAUUUCAAGCACCGCAUUACGGUGCAAGCUUCCCCCGGGUUAGACAAAAGGAAGGACAUCUUUGAGGUGGGGGCCGGUGGCUCCCCUACUUUCCCCCGCUUUCGAGCCAUUCAGUUGGAGCCAAGCGAAAACGACCAGAAUUGGGGGCGGCAGUCGCCCCGACGAGGAGGGGAUGAGACCUGGAACGGACGCACAAAGAGCCCGGGCUCCCCAAAACCGUGGGACGGCAUCACACAGAAUGGCAGGAGGCGAUCGCGAUUGGAAGAAACGACGUGGUACUUGGAAGCGGAGCCAUUGCCAAUCCCUGCGCUGACCCAGACCCAGCCCAGCCCAAACGGCACCGUCCUUCUCCAAAGCCCGGAAACAGAGGAUCCGGUCCCGGAACGCUCCCCUUCCUCCUCCUCCUCUGCCUCCUCGGCCACCCCACGCCUCCUGCACCGGGCGUUGCUGCGGGGCAGUGCCCUCCUGGCCUCGCUGGGCUUGGGCCGAGAUCUGCCCUCCAGCCCCCAGGAGCCCCCUUCCCCGCAGAAGGACCCCUCUCCUCCUCCUCCUCCUCCUCCUCCUCCUCCGGCUUUGCAGGUGGAACCCUGCCCAGAAGAGCCCCCCACCGACCUCCUCGUCGACCUGGACUCGCCUCCGCUUUGGGCCCAGACGUCGCCCAAGGUCCCCAGGCUCGUGGAGGGACGUGGCAGCAACAACAAGGCACAGAAAUGGGACGGCGCCCUUCCUUCCCCGUCGUCGCCCCGGAGCCCCCGUUCGCCACGCCCGUCCCCCCACGCCGCCCUCAUCUCCCGACCUCGCCCGUCUCCCGUCCGCAACCGCAUCGACCCUUGGAGUUUUGUGUCUUCGGGACCCCGGGCCUCACCGGUCCCAUCCCCCCGCCUUCGGGCACGUGGGUCCAACGCCCCCCAAAGUGCCAACAACCCCUUCGCCGCUGCGGCGCCCGACCCGUUUGCUGGCGAAGGGGGCUUCCCGGCUUGCGACCCGUUCCAGGUCGCGUCCCAAUUGCCGCCCAAAGAGGAGCCCGCCGCGGCCGCCCCGGCUUGGUGGACCCCCAAGUGAAAGAGAGCCGAGGAGGAAGUC